AUGGCUCCUAUUUUGAUCAUCUUGGAGUACGUUUUCAUGUUGCAGGAUUUCAGUCGGUCCACUGGAACCCAACUUGGUGUUGUUGGCUGGUAUCAUUCGCAUACUGAACUAGAUACAACACUGACUAAACAGGAUAUUGACUUUCAUCAAAAAUUUACAGCUAGGUUCCCCAAUUCUAUUGCUUUUGUGGGUUUGUUCGGGAGACGUUCAGACGAUCGAAUGGCAAGGGUGAUGUCAUUCACUGCUUUCCGAUGUGCUUUGAAUGAGAAACCGGUUCAAGUUCAAUGUUUUGUCAGGCCUGUUCUUCCCAACCUUAUCUCGUCAAAGUACUAUGCAGUUGCUUGCCUCGCAUUCGAAUAUGUUCUCAAGAUUGCGGAGGAGUACGUAUUUAGUCAACAGAAGGGUGAGAUGCUGGGCGAUAGGCCUUGA